AUGGCUCUCAAUAUACCAGGUCUGAUAAUGAUGGUGGCGUUCUACUUGCUUGUGUUGGGAACUGGCAUCUGGGCAUCUGUGAAAUCAAAGAAGAUGGAGAAAAACACACAAGGUGGACGGUUAGAGUUUUCUUUUUUGGCUAACCGCAGUGUCAGCUUGUUCGUGGGAGUCUUUACAAUGACAGCCACCUGGGUCGGAGGUGCCUUUAUCAUUGGAAUUGCAGAGUCAGUUUAUGACCCCACCAGGGGUCUAAUCUGGGCUCUUCUGCCUCUGCAAAUAUCUGUUUCCUUUGUCAUCGGUGGACUGUUCUUUGCAAAGCCAAUGAGGGAGAACAAUUACAUCAGUAUAAUGGAUCCAUUUCAGAGGAAGUAUGGAAAAGCACUGACUGUGGCUCUUGCCAUUAUACCAGUCAUAGCUGAAGUUUCCUGGACAAGUGCAACACUGGUGUCCUUGGGAGCAACCAUGAGUGUGGUGUUAGAUCUGCCCUUCAGUGUUUGUGUCUGGAUCUCUGCUGCAGUGGCGAUCAUCUACACUGGUCUUGGAGGUCUCUAUUCAGUUGCUUCCACUGAUAUAAUCCAAAUAUCACUGGUGCUUCUCGGCUUGUGGCUGUGUGUCCCCUUCGUUCUGGCAAGUGACGUUUAUACUGACAUCACUAAAACAGCAUGGAACCACACGUAUCAGGUGUCCUGGCUUGGCCACCUUGAGUCUGAUCAAGUCGGGAGAUGGAUUGAUGAUUUUCUGGUGUUGUGUGUGGGCAAUAUGGCCAUCCAGGAUUUCCAUCAAAGGAUACUCUCCUCCAGCUCCACAUCCACAGCUAGAAUCAUUUGUUUUAUGGCGGCAGUAGCCGUGGUCAUUGCUGGAAUCCCAUCUGUGCUGAUCGGAGCUGUUGCAGCUUCAACAGACUGGAACUCCACUUCAUAUGGUUCUCCUUCUCCAUAUGAACGAGGGGAGGCAGCCAUGGUGUUGCCCAUCAUCCUUUGGCAUUUAACCCCAAGAUACAUUUCUGCUUUUGGCGUGGGAGCCAUUGCUGCUGCAGUGAUGUCAUCUGCUGACUCUAAUAUUUUGUCUGCAACCACCAUCUUCACCACCAACAUCUACCAGACCAUCAGGAGUCAGGCAUCAGAUAAAGAGCUGCAGUGGGUGAUUCGUCUCUCCAUAGUGGUCGCAGGACUUCUGGGAACGUCGCUCACCUCCCUCAACAACAGCGUGAUGGUGUUCUGGAUCCUGAGCUCAGACCUGACUUACACCAUUUUAUUCCCUCAACUGAUCUGCGUCCUCUUCACAGAGGUUUCCAACAGUUGCGGGGCGAUCGCAGGCUACCUUGUUGCAGUGGUAAUGAGACUGUUGUGUGGAGAGCCGAUGUUUGGUCUUCCUGUGAUCCUGCAGUUCCCAGGCUGCACUUUAGAAGAUGGUGUUUACAUUCAGCGCUCUCCCGUCAAGACCAUUUGCAUGCUGUUUACGCUGGUCUCCAUUCUCAUAGUUUCCUAUGUGGCCUCACUCCUGUUUAAUAAGGGGAUCCUUCCGGAGAGGUGGGAUGUGUUCAAGGUGAAAUCCCAGGGAGCACCAGCAGAUGUUGCCAGAGAAGGUGAUGGUGAUGAGGCUGAUGAAAAUGAAAAAGAUAAAUCUGCCUCUGAACCAAUGCUGGAUACAAAAUGCUGAGGUUUUUUUUUCAAAUGCGCUUGAUAUAUAUUGGCACCUGAUUGUUUAGGAUGGUUUGUCACACAAUGUUUUGGGUAAUUUUUUGAGAUGAUUUGACUUUGUUUCAUAUGAUUGAUGCCAGUUUCUUUUUUAGUUAUUGUUUUAUAUUUGCGAUACUAUUUGGAGAUGGUAAAAUAAGCAGUGUGUAGGAUUUAUGUGACUUAGUGGCAUCUCGUGGUAAGGACUGCAGAUUGCAACCAGCUGACACAAUUGCCAAGUGUGAACUCCACGCUUAUGAUUUCUUCAGUGUUCAUUUUUCAUGAGGUUUUUACCAGGAGUCAGAUUACCUGCAGAGGUCUCUUUCUCUCCAGGACAAAUGGACUAGAGUAUUAAAACAUUAAAUUAAAAAAAUGUAUUUGGCCAAGCUGCAGAAAAUGUUCACAUUAUUUGACUAAAAAAAAAAUAUAUGCAUUUUAACAUCAGUUUGGACCACUCUAGCUAGUAGCUACUUUAUAUAGCUACUUUUUAUUAGACUGUACAUAAUCCUAUACAGUGAGGUGAUAGUUUUUCUAUGACAGACUACUUUGUACUAGUAGGUUUAGUCAAACAAUAAUGGUCUUUUGAGAGAGAGAGGAGGGAGAGAGAUUUUCUAUUGUAAGGACUCUAGAAACCCAUUUUCACUGACUCAUAUUGAGGUGAAAGGUAAAGAGACCCCUUUAACCAGUUUUAGCAAAAUUCGUUCCAAAAUGACAAAAUUCCAAAAUGCACUUCCGUGCUGUAGUUUCCUGUAAAAAUGUGAAUGUGAAAAAUACAUGCCGAGCAGUCUUUUGUGUGACAGUGGUGUGCAGAGCGGAGUCCGCGCGGUCGUAAAAUCUGAGCUUUGCGCGCACAGGGCUUGCGGACGUCCGCUUUUAGUCCAGGCGGACCUCUGCGGAGUCUGCUCCGCGUACGUUCCGCCCGAGUAUGUUUGGGCCUUUAAGGCUAUACUCUGUGAAUGCGGGGUGAUGCCAUACCCAGCCAACAUUUUUAUAUAGGGCCUAUGUGGGUAGUACAUGGGCUGAAAAAUGGGCCAUAUUUGGGAAUGUCCAUGUGUUCCGUAUUGGUAUUGGCCAAUUGUCCACAUGGGUCAUGCUGGGGCUACCUGACUACAAAGUGGGUAUGGGUCUGAAAUGAGCAUCUUAUCUGGGGCCCACGUGGGUAAACACCUACCCAUGUGGGUAAAUGUCAUGGGGCCAAUACGUAACCGGUGGACAGUCCCAUAUAGGGCCCAUUUUCAGCUCAUUUUCUACCCACAUGGGCCCCACAUACAAAAGUUGGCUGGGAUGGUUACCCAACCGGCGAUGUCGCUGUGAUAGUGACUUGUCAAUGAACAGCACUGAGCUGUCAAUUAAAUUAGUCACGCUCUUAGCUAUGCAUGACUUUCAGCCUUAUUUACAUUGAAAAGUGUGAGCCCUAUUAAAUUCACCCCCUGUACAAUGGGAAAAUUAGCUUAAGAGACAAAUAGGCUUGGGCAGUAUCUAUUUUUUGAAACCCUAAUAACUUUGAUGGU